AUGCAUGUGACCAGAUUUCACUACGUGUGGUGUGUGACUGUGCAGGGCUGUGACGCAUCUGUUCUGCUGGCGGACACGGGGAGCUUCACCGGCGAGCAGGGGGCGAUUCCGAACAAGAACUCGCUGAGAGGCUUCAGCGUCAUCGACAGUAUCAAGACGCAGGUGGAGGCCGUGUGCAACCAGACCGUCUCCUGCGCUGACAUCCUCGCCGUCGCCGCCCGUGACUCCGUCGUGGCGCUGGGAGGGCCGUCAUGGACUGUUCUUGUAGGAAGAAGGGACUCCACCACUGCAAGCAAGGACAAUGCAGAACGAGACCUGCCACCUCCUUCUUUCGAUCUCGCCAACCUCACCCGGUCAUUCGCAAACAAGAAUCUCAGCGUCACCGACAUGGUUGCUCUCUCGGGGGGGCACACGAUCGGGCAGGCGCAGUGCCGCUUCUUCCGCGACCACAUCUACAACGACACCAACAUCAACUCCGCAUUCGCGGCGUCGCUGCAGGCCAACUGCCCCCGGCCGGCCAACGGCAGCGGCGACUCCACGCUGGCGCCGCUGGACGCGGCGUCGCCCACCGCAUUCGACAACGCCUACUUCAGCAACCUGAUGUCGCAUAAGGGCCUCCUGCACUCCGACCAGCAGCUCUUCAACGGCGGCAGCACGGAUAGCACGGUCAGGAGCUUCGCGUCCAGCGCGUCCGCCUUCAGCAACGCCUUCGCGACGGCCAUGGUGAACAUGGGGAACAUCGCCCCCAAGACAGGGUCCCAGGGACAGAUAAGGGUCACCUGCUCCAAGGUCAACUCCUAAUAACCUGACCAAGCGGCCAUGCAAGAGACCAAAGGCUCCCUGUGCCGUUGUGCGUGCGUGGAAUAAAGCUCUGGUGGUGCCAGUAACACUGGAACAUCAGAACAGCAAUUGCUUGCUUGUGUGCGUGUGACAGUGUGAAAUGCAAUGCAUGCAUCUACGUGUAUAAUGAAAUCCUCGUGCAAA